AUGGUGAAUAAACUGCAAGAACAAAUUAUUCCCCCAGUCAGUAGAUUACGAUGUGUGACAUCACAGAUUAUAUCAUGUAUGCCGCCAAACUUUCUGCUCUUGGAUCUCGGUAUGGCAAUCAGUUUUGCCACAAUAGCAGUACCAAGUCUUCUUAACGCCAGCGAGGGAUUAUCUUUAGAUGAAACGCAGGCAUCAUGGUUUGGAAGCCUUUCAUACUUAACUCAGCCAAUUGGCGCGUUGCUCUCGGGUCCAAUAGUAGAUUACUGUGGUCGGAAGAGGGCGAAUUUCUUGGUCAAUAUACCGCAUCUGGUGGCGUGGAUUCUUAUGUAUUUCGCGUGGAAUCUGCCGUCGCUUUUCAUAGCCAACGCUUUGUUGGGAUUGGGAACUGGUGUAAUGGAGGCGCCAAUAAACUCGUACGUAGGAGAAAUCAGUGAGCCUUCUGUCCGUGGCGCGCUCUGUACCGUGACGCAAUUGUUCACGUCCAUCGGUAUAUUCGCCAUGUACUUCCUGGGGACGGUGGUCGACUGGAGGGGGGCUGCACUAAUCAGUCUCGUGGUGCCCAUCAGUUCAAUGGCGUUCGUCUUCCUGGUGCCAGAGACGCCGGUCUGGUUGCUGUUCAAAGGCAGAGAGAAGGAAGCCCUGAGGUCAUUGUGCUACUUACGAGGAUGGACCACGCCGGACAACGUGAGAGAGGAGUUCGACCAGCUGGUGGAGUACAGCAAGAAGCUGCAGAACUGCGCCAUCUGCGAGAGCCUUCAUGGUCAGGAGAUGAAAGAAGUCUGUGAGCAUUACAGGAUGAACGCGGCGAAAAGAUCGCUGUACAAAUGUUGGUACGUGAUGCUGGGCAAGGAGACUCUCAGGCCCCUCACCCUGGUCAUGAUGUAUUUCCUUUUCUUCGUAAUGAGCGGCCUGACUCCUGUGCGACCGAACAUGGUCAAUAUAUGCGGAGCGCUCGGAAUGUCGCAGGAUGGAAAGGACGUCGUGCUGAUAGUUGGCGUGAUCACCUUCCUCACGAGCCUAGUGGUGAUAGCUUUGAUAAAAGCGGUUGGCAAGCGAAAGCUCGCAAUAUCGGCGAUGCUCGGUACAGCCAUCUCUUGCGUCGGCCUCAGCGUCUACGCCAGGGGGAAUCUCGACGAUUCUGUGUACUCAUACGACACCGAGACCUUUCCGAAGGAGACCAGCGCAGUGCCUUUGGUAUUAUUCUACUUGAUGGCGAUGUUCACGGGAUUGGGUGUGCCGUGGGUGUUACUGGGCGAAGUGUUCCCGUUCAGGAGUCGUGCCUCCGCGCAAGGUGUAGCGGCAGCCAGCAACUACAUAUUCAGCUUUCUCGGCUCGAAGACCUUCAUCGAUCUCGAGACGAACUUGAAGUUAUGGGGCGCGUUCGCCACUUACGCCACCUUUGGAUUCCUGGGCGCGGUAUACCUGUACUUCUUUUUACCAGAGACGGAAGGCCGAACAUUACAGGAGAUAGAGGGAUUCUACAACACGGAAAAAUGGAGAGUGUUCCCCGACGACCCCCUCGUCAAUUACUUCAAGAGGUUCAAGAGAAAAAAAUAUGCUAUC